AUGGGUUGGUUAGCCUAAUGCUUUUGUGCGCCUCAUCCGGAUCUAAUAUUAUAGCCCGUUUAACGCUGAUGCAAUGUAGCCUAAGUUUCAUUGUAAAUUACGGAAGAUGGUGUCUUCUGCGGCUUGAAACUUGUCUCGUGCAGACAGGUCGACGGAACAUCACACCAAUUCUUUUGUGAUCUUAACAGGAUAGCGCCUUCAGAGGGUCUUAUUGUUUAAUCUUUUCACAUCGCCAGUUUGACACCGAGGGCUUCAGGAAGUUGAAACAGGCCGGAGAUUGUGACUGGGCCAUAAAAAGAAGACUAGCUGUGAGAAAGCGCUUCAUAACUUCCCUGGGGGGAAAUACCAUAUGCCUCAGUGUCCAAGGUAACGAGCACUCAGAGAUGCCUUUCACAUCCUGUGUGUCUUUCCCAGUCUCUAGCUUCUGUUUAAUUUCGUUUGCCCGCAAACUGCAUCGACUGAACGUUUGGCCAAACACAAGGGCAUCGUUCACCUGUCAGUGUGCCUAAAGAUAGAAAACUGAUUACAAUACUAGAGAACGUUCAAAUGGUUGCUGCUAUGGUGGAUGAGUCAUUCGGCUUGUACGCGAUUGGGCGAUGGUUUAGCGGAGAAAAAAGCUCGGGGGACUGUCAGUCAAUUACAGGCAUCUUCUCUCCUAUUCACGCGUUUCUCAGCAUGCGCAGUACGGGAGAGCAACUCAUUCAUAAAAAAGGGAAAGUUCAUUCAUGAAAAUUGCGACAGCGCGCGCUCUGUCGCUGUAGCAUCGUGGCGCAAAAAGGACCUUGACUCACUUACACACGCGCACGCAUUCUGCCGAGGAAGAGCUUUUAGUGAGUGUCGGGACCUCUCUUUGCUAUGGUGGCGUUGCCUGUGAGCGGUAGACUAACCCGUCAGGGUACUACAGGAUAACAUUACCAUCCUGGAUAUGACUCUGCCCCAUGGAGGUCGUAUAGCUCUUGGCGAGCGUGCAAGUGUUUGUUCAACUUCGACAGCGCCCUCCCUCUGCCCUCUGUGGCUAUGAAAGAGUCCAGCUUGCCCAAAGUCUGUGCAAACGCUGGUCUCUUCGCACAGAGAGGCAUGCUGUACCGAUCCAAGUACAGCCGCCUCCGCAACGACUCGGUCACCUCGCUGGAGGACAGCCCUCAGACCAGUGGUGGACCCCUGAAGGUCGGAGCCAAGGCCCCUCCCUGUGUGGCCCCCAACCAGCCCGGCAGCCUGGCCCUCCUGGACCCCGCGGCGUCCCCUCCCCAGGAGGGGGGCCCGUCCACCCUGUGCACCUUCAUCCCUCGGAUGGCCAACAUAAAGAUCUCCAGUCCGGCCUCACUGCUGGGGCUGCGGAGGCUAAGCCCCCGGAGCCAGCCUGCACCUGUGUCCAACUGCUGUCCUGGCACCACCGGUCAGCACGGGGCGUCCUGUCCCUUGGCACGCAACCCAGUGUGUGUGUCAUCUCCCCGCAAGACCAAUAUGGAGAUCGACUGGUGUAGACUGGAUCAACCAGGCUGCGGAGUAUCUUUUAAGAUCAAGUACAUGGGCUGUUUGGAAGUGAUCCAGUCAAUGAGGGCCCUGGAUUUCGAGACAAGAACGCAAGUCACACGGGAGGCUAUAUGUCGGCUGUGUGAAAGUGUACAAGGGGCCAAGACAGUGCUGAAGCGGCGGAAGCCACCACGUAAAGGCCUGUCAACAAUUCUGGGCAAGAGCAACCUGCAGUUUUCUGGAACAAACCUCAAGCUGAGCAUCACAAUGAACAGUUUAAAAUUAAUCACUCUUGAUUCCCUUCAGACUGUGGCUCAGCAUCCGAUGCAGUCCAUUUCCUUUGCCUCCGGAGGAGACCCUGAGACUGCAGAUUAUGUUGCCUAUGUUGCCAAAGAUUCUGUCAAUGAAAGAGCUUGUCACAUAUUGGAGUGUCCAGAGGGCCUGGCGCAAGAGGUGAUCAACACGAUCGGACAGGCGUUUGAAAAGCGUUUCCGGCAGUUUCUUAGCAGUCCACCGUCACACACAGUGGCUAAGGAAAGAGUGAAUGCAGAGGAGUCCCACCGCAGCCUUGUGCUGGUCAGAAGCCUCAGCCCAGAGUGCUUAGGCUCCCGGGGAGGCCACAACUACUACAACGAGGUCCUGGGCAAGGCGGCGCCGCUGGGGGGUCUGCAGGACCCAUGCGUGGAGCUGGCCGAGUUGCGGGAGGAAGACGAGGGCCGAGGAAGGACAGGCUCCCCGCCGCUCAGCGCACUCUAUGAGAACUGCCCGCUCCCGCACAGGCAGCUGCUGCCAUCUGCAGAGCCGCUCGAACAGACGGGGAGUGAGACGGAGGUGGAGGAUGGCCCGCUAGCGGAAGCGCCACCGCUGCCAAGCGCGCCCGUGCCUGUUCCCGUGCCCGCCCACCAUCACCACCCCCAGCAGCAGCAGCCCUUGGCCGGAGAGGGCUGGUACCACGGCAGGCUGAGCCGGCGGGAGGCCGAGAGCCGGCUGGCCCGCAGCGGCGACUUCCUGGUGCGGGAGAGCUGCUCGGCGCCGGGCCAGUAUGUGCUGAGUGGGCUGCAGGGAGACGCCGCCAAGCACCUGCUGCUCAUGGACCCGGAGGGAACGGUGGGUAGGCCGCCCCGCCGCCACUUAUUUACUACACACGACACCGCGCGCCACCCAGGCCGCCAUCUGGCCCUCGGUGAGGACGAAGGAUAACGUAUUCCAAAGUGUUGGACAUCUCAUUCGUCAUCACAUGGACAAUCAGCAGCCAAUUGUGUCCUCUGGAAGCGAGUUAUGUUUGAAGCAGCCUGUCCUGCUGAAGCAGUAGCCAGACCGGCGUUAGGAACUCUGUGCCCGUACAUCUCUUUCUGCACUUUCUGUGGACCUCCUUCCACCUGCAUGCCAUUAUAGUGAAUACAGUGAACAGCUACUUUGGUCACCAUUCAUGGACUUACUCCAUGGAUUUUAGCCACAAAAGAGACUCUUUUAGCUUAUACCGGUGUCUGAAAGCACAAAUAUAUACAAUAUAAGUAGAGCAAGAGGUUGCCUGCUGUGUUUUGUUAAAAAGAUUUUCUUUGUGUUGUUUCUUUGAUAUGGUGCCUUGUUGGAGUUAUCAGACAUAUGAUUGAAUAUUUUGUAAACUAGAUUUUUGUACUUUGUAUUUUGAUACAUGUCACAUUUCAGAAAUGUGGUUGUCUUUAAAAUUAACCAGAGCUGAUAUAUCUGGCUCUUUCAUAUCAUGAAGGUGAAGGAGCUUGAUUCAUUUUGAUUAAACUAUACUACACUUUAAUACACAGUUCAACCCUGAAAUAUGCAAAACAUAAUCAAUACGUUGUUUAUACAUUGGGGCUUUAAAUAGAUUCAGGAGAUGCAUGAAUAAGGUACUAGGGUAGAGCUUGUCAGUGGCCUAAAUGUGUUUAGCAGCAUAAAAACAGUCUGAGCUCGGUAAAACUUGGUUUUACAAUUCAUUACAACGGAAUUCAUAGCAAAUGCAAACUAACAAAUCGUGGAGCAACCAGUGUUUCAGUAUAGUUACAUUCAUCU